UGGUGGCAGUGGCAGUUCCUCGGACGUGUCCAGAGAUCACUGCAACAAGACGGUGGACAUUUUCGAGGACAUCAGCUCCCCGGAGGUCAGCAAUCAGAACGUGGGUCGUCCGCUGACCUGUUGGUACCGCUUCCGAACUCUGAAAGGAGCGCCCCGCGACUUUGUGCUGCGUCUGCGUUUCAAGAAGUUCAAAGUGGGUCAGCUGAUGAAUGCGACACAUUGCGAGGGCGGCUAUUUGCAGAUUGUUGAUGGCAAUGCCAAGACGGAUGUCUCGAAUCGCCGGGAGCCGGGAAUGUUUUGUGGAGAGGCGGAACAGCCGCAGACAUUCAUCAGCGAGACCAGCUAUGUGAAGGUCCUCUUCCACACGGACAACUUUACGGAUCAGACCUACUUCACAUUCGAUUCACGCGCGGAACAGCAAACGGAAGUCUAUCUGCGAUAUGGCCAACAUCCGGAAUUAUAUCCAAAUCGUCGCGGCGAAGUUGUCCAAGGAUCUUAUUGUGAGAGGGAGUAUCGGGAUUGCCGCCUGCAGACCUGCUACGUCCAAUCGCCUGCAUAUCCUGGCCUAUAUCCUCGGGCCCUGAACUGCCGCUAUAAGUUGCACACCCGCCAGCCGUACAUUAAAUUGUAUCUGCAGAACGAACAGUUUGCCGUGGAUGGUCAGAGAUGCGAGAAUGUGAUGACCUGCCCGAUCAGGCCAAUUGGAUCUGGUAAUGAGCACUGUCCUUAUGACUGGCUAGCCGUCUACGAUGGCCGCGAUGAGCACUCCCCGCUGAUUGGAAAGUUCUGCGGUCUGGGCAAGUUCCCAUUCAGUAUAAUUGGUACAUCACAAUACAUGUAUGUGGAGUUUGUGACGUCGCCGGCGGGUCCGUUGCUCAAUACGGGCUUCCAUUUCAACGUUGGCAACUGGCCAGGACAUGUGGAGACGGCCGGGAUCAAGCACGGCGUCUGCGACUGGCUACUGAGCUCUGACUCUUUAAAGGACAGCAGCGCCAGCGAGGGCAUCUUCCUCAGCAUCGCCCACUGGUAUCCGCCGAAUACGUCCUGCAGUUACCACAUCAAAGGACAUGUCGGCGAAAUUGUGCGCCUUUAUUUCCCCAGUUUCCGCAUUAACCGUAUCGAAUCGCCGAUUUUAAAGUACGAAGGAGACUGCGGGGAAUCCCUGACGAUCUACGAUUCGGAUCAUGCCGAUCCUGCUCGGAUCAUAAAGACCUUCUGCGACACCUUCUCCCGACCCAUGGAGAAAGUGGACUUUGUCAGUACCAGUCCCUCGCUGUACGUUCAGUUCGACUCCAAGACAGGCAGCUACAGCGGCAGCUCACUGUACUACUGGGCACAUUACGAUUUCUUCAACAACACCAGGUUUGGGGAUCCAGUACCGAACACCCUUUGCGAUGAGGUGAUGUAUGCCUGGAAACAUCCAGGAGGCCGUCUUCGAUCGCCCUUGAACUCACUGAUUUUCAAGCGAACCGGUGGAAGUGACGUCCGCUGUCAGUAUAAAUUUGUGACGGAUCGAAGGCUGUACGCCAGAGCCAUAAUCGAAGUGAAUUCGGUGUCCUUCAAGGAACUUCCCUAUAACAGCAAUGCCUGCACUCGGUGUCACGAGGAGCGGGUUGAUAAGUUGGUGAUUUGGGAGGAACGGGACAAAUACCAGAAUAACCUGGCCUGCUUUUGCGAUAAUAUCCCUCGGGCGGUGAGAGUUAUAUCGUCAGCGGAUCAGAUGAACCUCGAGAUGAUUGUGCAGGGCCAGCAUGCCAUUACAUCAUAUUUCAAGAACCCGAAUCCCCUGUUCGAGGCAACCUAUGAGUUUGCCCAUGGUCCUUUGUGUGGACCCAUUACCCUUGGACCCUCGCCGGAUGGUGAGCUGGUAUUCCCCUAUAAGAAGGCUUUGGCUAUGGUAUCGGGACCCAUGGCACCGCCAGAGCAUCAUUAUCGUCGGGAGAAGUGCAUUUGGGAACUAAAGGUGGCCGCCCAGCGGGAUUUGUGGCUUAACUUGGAGAAAGCUCGCUUUGCGGAUCGCAGCUGUGAAAGUGCCAAGAUCGAAGUGUACUUGGCAGGACGUCUGGAGCCCAGAUUUGUGGUCUGCCCGGAGAAUAUAUCCUUGGCCAGAGAUUUGCCUAUACUGACCACAGCGGAGCUGGGAGCCACGGGUGCCGAUCAGGAGCCUCUUCCCGUGCUCAUCCAAUAUACGGGUGAUGGCCAACCGGGACGUAAUAUCUUCCGGCUAGUUUGGACGGAACUCUUCCACCUGCCCCGCAAUCCUGAUGGCAGUUUGGCUGCCUCACUUCUCCAGGAUGGCGGCUGUGAUUUUCGAUGUCCCGGGGACACUGAAGUCUGCAUUCCCAAGCAUUUAAUCUGCAAUGGCAUAGCUAAUUGUCCAAAUGUGACGCAUACUUCGACGUUGUCGCAACUCACCCGACAUAUCGAAUGGAAUCUGGAGCAACUGGGAUUACUCCAUCAUGCUGGCGAAUACCAGCAGUUGGUGCUGCACGAUGAAUCCCCGGAGAUCUGCCUGAGACGCGAUCUCAGCGAGCUGCCAUAUGGAAAGUUGGCUCUGAUAACCCUGGGACUGUGUCUCAUGUUCGGCCUGCUUUUCGCGAUCUUAAGACGAAUGUGCAGGAGUUCAGCGAAGCAGCAAGGAAGGCAUCAUUUGCAGGAGGAUUACUAAGGAACACUAAGAUUUUAUAGUGAUUUCUUUUUAAGCAUUUUUAAUAUUUUUUAAAGUUAUUUAUAGCUUCAGUUUUGUUACGAAAACCAUUUUUGGAGGAUAUAUCCUUUGUAAAUCUAAGAGAAAAUAUUAAAACAUUUUACAUUAGUAGGUUUAUGGAAAUAUUGUUUAAAACUUCUACUCAACACAAAAUAUAUUAAAACAAUAUUUUAGUUAUUAAUUAUUAUUAAAAAUUCUUCAAAAAUGUCAUAUAAGUUUGGAUAUUUCAAAAUACUUUUUGGGUUUUCUCCAGUAUAUUUAUUUUAAUCUUUACAAAUUGCAAACUGAAUAGGAUCCCCCCUUCUAACUAUGUAAGUAGCUCUGCCCAGUCGAGUCUAUAACUUUCGCUCUACGUGACAUCUAAUGAAUAUUAAUUGAAAAUAAUUGUACGAUAAAAAACUAUAAAAGCCCUCGAACAUAUAAAUGUUUAAAAAACACACUCACACCACAAAGAAAAGGAAUUCAACUGCCCUGAAUAAAUUAAUUAAAACAUGAAAAAAUUGUCACGUGAUAAUUGUUGAAAUGAAAAAAGAAGAUACGAAAAAGCGGAAUACUUUAAAAGGCAUAAAGAAACUAGAUUUUAAUUAAGGUAGACAGGUAAAAUGACAAAACCAAAAUGAAGCCAAAAACGAAAACAAAAAUAUUUAAUUCAAAGUAAUAAGAGUAUUAAAAUAAACAAUUGUUGGUGGUUUUAUUAGUUAUUAUAUCGGUAAAACACAAUAUGAAUACAGUGUACUAUUGUUGGCAAAUUGUCAACCGAAACCAGGCGUAUAUACAUACAUAUAUAUACAUACAUGCUUAUGUAUAUAAUGUACGAUAUACAGUAUAUAGGGUAUAUUUUUUGCACAUAGAUUUACCUAGUCCAUAAUUGAAUGAAGAACUUCCCCCAUGAAUUCCACAAAUUGUGGCAGGAAUUUUAGAAAGAGGAAUAUGAAACCCAAAAACCGAUAUUCCCCUGAGAGAAAUUGUAAAUUAAAACCUAAGAAUGGUUCUAGUAUUUAAGUCUAUAUAGAAUUGGAUUCGUAAGAACUAGAGCGGCAUUGUGGGUUCAGAGAAAACCAAGCCCUGUUCCACUUGCACCCAUACAAAAAUUGUUGACAGUAAACUCCUCACUGAAACCUAGAAACUCCUUCGAAUUCUGCACCUCAAAGGUACAGUUGACCCCGCAACCACAAUAAGUAUGUAAAAACCCCAAAAAGAAGAUUUAAACAGGAAGGUAAUACCCCGAAAGAAAUGAAUAAGAAAAACUUGGAAAUUAGGACACAUAUUUUAGUGUACGUCAGAAUUAAAUGUAAAAUAAAAGUACGAAAACGAAUAAAAUGAGAAAUUGAAAA